UGCUCAGUAUUUACAUUCGUUCGUGUGUGUGUGUUUGUGUGUGUGUGUGUGUGUGUGUGUGUGUGUGAUUUCAGAUGAGACUGCACCAGGCCACAACCACAGCGGGAAGCUACAAAGGUUGUCCACAAUGGAGGGAGAGGAGCAGGAGGACCAUUCAGAGGUGCAGCCUCACCAAGGACACAAGCGUAGACUCUGUAACUGCCAGCAGUGCAUCCCACUCUGGGUAGUCUUGGUGCUGCUGGGCGGCGCUGGAGCGCUAACUUGGUAUUUCAUAGACUACAGACCACGCCACACAACAUCCCUACACUUCUACUCGGGCAGCCUGAGGAUCCUUAAUCGACAGUUUUCCCUGGAUCAUGGGCGGAUGGAAUCCAGAGGCUUCUGGUCAGAGACAACAAAGACUCAGAAGAUGCUGAAAGACCUCAUCCAUGCCACCGAUUUGGCUCCUUACUACAACUCCAGCACUGUCUAUGCCUUUGGGGAGGGAUCUCUGACAUGCUUCUUCUGGUUCGCCCUUCAAGUCCCCAAAGGGCAACACAAGGAGAUGACUGCGGAGAAAGUGAAUGCCACACUCUACAAAGAGCUUCUUGGCAGCAUCGAUAGAACAGGACACCUCUCAUACCAGACGGAAUACAAGGUUGACCCAGAAUCCUUGGUUUUGCUAGAAUCCAGUGUGAAAGACAUAAAAGUCCUGAAAUCCACAUUGGGUUGCUACAGGUACAGCUACAUCAGGGAAGAUGCUGUGCUCAAGCUGAGGGGCCCAGACUACCUUGCCUCUAGCUGCCUCUGGCAUCUCCAUGGCCCCCAAGGCCACAUGAUCAAGCUACGCCUGGAAUGGACCCUCUCCGAAUGCAGAGACCGACUGGCCAUGUAUGACGCAGCAGGACCUCUGGAAAAGCGGCUCAUCACUUCGCUGUAUGGCUGCAGCCGCCAGGAGCCUGUGGUGGAGGUCCUGUCUUCAGGCCCCGUCAUGUCUGUGGUGUGGAAGAAGGGGAUGUACAGCUACUAUGAUCCUUUCAUACUCUCUGCACAGGCUGUGCCCUUUGAAGCCUGCCAGAUGAAUCUAACGCUACGGGGAAGCCAGGAGAUACAAGGGAACAUCAGGACUCCAUACUACCCCAGUUACUAUGCGCCCAAUACGCAGUGCACUUGGCACAUGACGGUCCCAUCUCUGGAAUAUGGAGUCGUCCUUUGGUUUGAUGCUUACACUCUGAGGAGACAGAAGCAUGACCUCCCAUGUACCCAAGGGCAAUGGACCAUCCAGAACAGAAAGUUGUGUGGCUUGCGGACUUUGCAAGCCUAUGCUGAAAGGAUCCCUGCCGUGUCCAGUGCUGGGGUCACCAUCAACUUCACUUCUCAGAACUCCCUAACGGGACCUGGAGUGCAAGCGGCUUACAGCCUAUACAAUCAGUCAGACCCAUGCCCCAGAGAGUUCCUUUGUUCUGUGAAUGGGCUUUGUGUGCCAGCUUGUGACGGGAUCAACGAUUGCCCCAAUGGAUUAGAUGAGAGAAACUGUGUAUGCCCUGCAAAAUUCCAGUGUCAGGAAGACAGCACGUGUAUCGAGUUCUCCAAGGUCUGUGAUAAACACCUGGACUGCAUCAAUGGGAGUGAUGAGCAACAAUGCAAUGAAGGAGUUCCCUGUGGACUUUUCACUUACCUGUGUGCCGAUGGGAGCUGCGUGAAGAAACCCAACCCUCAGUGUGACUCAGUCCCUGACUGCAAGGAUCGCUCUGAUGAGAUGCACUGUGACUGUGGAUUGCAACCUGCACUGAACCGCAUUGUGGGUGGUGCCCAUUCUGCGGAAGGCGAGUGGCCAUGGCAAGCUAGUCUCCAGGUGCGGGGUCACCAUGUUUGCGGUGGGACACUGAUUGCAGAUCGCUGGGUGAUCACCGCCGCUCACUGCUUCCUGGAUGACAGGCAGGCUUCCCCCACUAUCUGGACAGUCUACCUUGGCAAGCAGCUUCUGAAUGUCAGUAGCCAGAAUGAGGUCUCCUUCAAGGUGAUCCGUAUCCUGCAGCACCCGUACUAUGAAGAGGACAGCCAUGACUACGAUGUGGCGCUGUUGCAGCUCGACCACCCAGUCAUCUAUUCAGCCUUCAUCCAGCCUAUAUGUCUGCCUGCCAGCUCCCAUCUCUUUGAGGUGGGCCUCCUGUGCUGGAUCACAGGCUGGGGUGCAACUAAGGAAGGAGGUCCCAGCAGUAAGAUUUUGCAAAGGGUGAGUGUGCCGCUGGUGCAGCAGGACAUGUGCAACGAAGCCUAUCACUACCAGGUUACGUCCAAGAUGCUCUGCGCUGGCUACCACGAUGGAAAGAAGGACUCUUGCCAGGGCGACUCUGGGGGACCUCUUGCCUGUCAGGAGCCAAGCGGCAGGUGGUUUCUAGCUGGCCUGGUGAGCUGGGGGAUGGGAUGUGCACGUCCGAAUUACUACGGGGUCUACACCAGGAUCACCAGUGUAAUGGAAUGGAUUAAGCAAGCCACGAGGAACUGAGCAUACGCCCAGCCUGUUUUCUCUUUCGAGGCAACGUGUGGAGGAGCCACCUUCAGACCUCACCCCUCUCUCUCCCAUGUCCUAUAUUUGUUGGGACAUCCCACGUCAGCUCAUGUCCCACUUAAUAUUCAACUGUUGCUAGUCAAGGAUACAAUGCUGGGUGGCAGAAAGCAUCUGCAAGGACCACAAGUGAGGUGGGACUGAUAUGAAACCCAAAAUGUGAGGUGUCCCUGACUUAUGAGGAACUGCAAGUUAUGCUCCCCUGCCAUUUGGUCAGUUGCGUCUAUGGUGCUACCAAAGGUAGUGUCUGCCGUUGGUUUGUUUUCUAAGAUAACCAGAGGUGGGUAAUCUAAGAACAAGAAUGGGGAACCUUUGGCUCUUCGGUUGUUGCUAGAUUCCAACUCCCAUCCUUCCUGUUGGCUGGAGCUGAUGGGAACUGGAGAAAUGCUUAAGCCUUCACCUUAAGCACCCCCAAAACCUGGGCAUUGGUCCAGGAAAUGGGUCCAACACAUGCUCAAUUACUAACUAGCUACAAUUCAAACAUUAAAUUUGGCCAGAGUAAAGCAAGCGGACAACAGAAAGCAUAUUGGAGCUGCUCACAAGACUAUAACUCUGCUGAGAGUGGGAUGCAACCCCCCACGAAGAAAAAUCAGUGGGGUGACCGAAGAGUUUGUAGAAACAGCCAAAUGCAGUGGGGGGAAUGAACUCAGUCUGCCACCAUCCAUAGCAACACUUUUUGGAAAUCUUGAGGCCUGGGGAAGGGCAGGGGGCGGAGGGAGAGAAACAGAAACCAACUAUAUGCAAUACUGAGCUUCUUAUCAAACCCAUUUUUACUGCAUUACCAGCAUACAUCAUUUUAUAACUUAAAUAUAAAAUUGUAGCAUUUGGCAUAUUUAUGAAAUUCAAAAUAAUUAGCUUUGUACAAGCAAUAUUGCAAAUGUAGCCAAUUGUGGCCUAUUUCAUUUUCUGGGUCCUUGUCAGGAUUCUGUUCCCAUCCAAACCUUUUGAUCCUCCAGUAAGGCAGGAUGGAAAGUGCCUUGUUUCCUAGUUUGCAGCAGUGUGUUAUCUGAGGCUGGAGAUAGAAAGGUCAACCAGAAGGUAGGCUCAGGUGAAAACAAAAAAAGCAGGAGGUUGUUUGCUUCUGGUAUCUCCAAAGGUUGCCAGGAGACAUCAAGCAGCAAUUCACAAGCAAUGAAGACCCUGCACGCUUCUCUCACAAUGGCAGCAUGUCAGGGAUGAGAGAACCUGUAGCCCUCCAUAUGCCAUUGGAGGACAACUAUCAUCACCCUUGACUGUUGGCCAUACUGGCUGGGGCUGAUGGGAGUUGGGGACCCAAAAAGGACCAGGAGCGAACCACGCCUGCCUUAACCCAUCAGAGAAGGUUAAGUCCCAAGUUUCAUAACAAAAGUUUUAUUGCCAUAGAUUUCAUCUCUAGAUUCUAUUGCUUUGUCUUUUAAGCCCAAUGGAAAUUGUCUACCCUAUGAAACUGGUGAUGUGCUCCUGAAGAUGUCAACAUGUCUGGGCUUAAGGACUGCAGCCACUCCUAUUCCAAAACACGUACACCAAGUGUGGAGUUUUGCCUUCUGGAGGGGAAAAAACCACGUAAGACAGCUGGCAGAGUUCAAAUGCCUUUAUGGAGAAAACGGUUCUAUACAUAAAAGAGCACCCAGCUCACAUACAGUGAGAUGACGCGAGACAGUAGUAAUCGUCUGUGGAAUUUAUUCAGAAGUUAUUACACAGCAAUCUCAGGCACUGUUUUGUGGCUACCAUCCAAUCUUAACAGAAUUAGCAGCAGAGCCUGCUGUAGUAAAAUGGCACUGGCUUUCUGUUAAAGAUGUUCUCUUCCUGACCUAACACUCCAGGAAGUAUCCUCCUGUCAUUCCCAGAACCAGUGGCCCUAUAGAUGAUGUUGGGACUCCCAACUACCAUCAAUCCCAGCCCGCAGGGUCAGUGGUCUGAAAUGAUGGGAGUUAAGAGUCCAACACCACCUUGAAGGACCACAGAUCCCCUGUCUCUGAUAUAGUGUUCUAUUCAGGCAUGAGUGUAUUUGUCUAUCAAGCCUAUCAAGAAACUCCCUCCCUACAAAGCAAACAUGAGAAUUUGGAGUGGGAGACAAAAAAAGCUGUAAGGCUGUGGUCUGCUGUUCCCCAUAGGGGUUGCUGUGACUGUGGUCCAGUUCACAUGCCACACUGAGUCAAACCAUGGCUGAAAGUGAAGCCAUUAGGGUCCAGACUCCAGAAGAGGGGAUUGUGACUGCUUUGCUCACCAGUUCCUCCACUGAUAUAAGCCAUGACUUUGCCUAGCCUAUCAUCCAGACCUACACUCAUGAUUUACCUCUCCAGACUAACGAUGGACUCUAACCAAGAUUUGUGGCUUAUGGUUCAUGGUGUCUCUGCAAAAGUUAAACCAUGAGCCUGGGUUCAAAUUACGGUCGUACCCUGGAAGUCGAAUGGAAUCCGUUCCGGAAGUCCAUUUGACUUCCAAAAUGUCCAGAAACCAAAGCGCGUCUUCUGAUUGGCUGCAGGAAGCUCCUGUAGCCAAUUGGAAGCUGCAGAAGCCCCGUCGGACUUUCUGGUUCCAAAGAAAG